AUGGAUUCAUACUUCACACGGUACCACGAAGUCAAGACGGCCGAGGUGGAGAAGGGCCUCGACAUCCAUAUGGGGUACAUGGACAAUGCUGUUAUGAGCUAUGCCUGCUUUGGGGUCUAUGAGGAGCUAGCAAAAUAUCUCGUCCAGCGUUAUCCCAAUAACUUUCGGUUGCAAAAGUACUACCCUGCACAACUGACCCGCGAACAGUUCCAAUGA